UGCGCAAACGAACAGAAUAGUUCUUGAAUAAUUUUUUCGAGCAUGAUGAAAACUCUGAACGAUUGGGAGGUUAUGUAUCACCUUUGUGCAAGGCCGGUAUCGGAGGAACUUUAAAUUGUUUAAAUACCCUUUAAAGGCAAAUAUAGAUCGAAUCUAUUGUUUCAUAACAAUAAGUAAUCUAUUCGGGCUCCCAAUUCUGUCUUUUAAACAAGUUGACAAUUAAUUAUUACUUGAAACGGCUGUUUAUCGACCAAUCAAUUACUUCCGUUGCAAACUUAAAGGACAAACUUGAAAAAUUUCACACGAGGUUCAAACCCUUGAAUCGAUAACAAUUUUUAUUAAAUUUAUUUUCUGCUAAUUAUCGUAACCACUGAUAUCGUCGAUGAAAGAAAUGUCAAUAGCUUUACAGUAGUUUAUAAACAACGUCGAUUAAAAAUGCUUAGCUGCAGUGCAAUUAUUAGCCGAACGGGCCAUUUCAAUACAGGCAAUAGUUUAGUCAUCGCCAGCAAAGCAAUGAAUAUCCGCAGACAAAUAUCGAAUAUUUCAAGGAACAAAUUCCUAGGACCUCGAUUAUGGGAUUUGCCAAUAAAACAGAUUGGUCAAGUUCAUAACAUUCAUACUACAGUUUUGACAUGUCGUGUUAUUCUCAAGUCUGUUGACUUUUUCCAUUCAAAAACGUUGUGCGUAAGAAAUAUCAAUGCUUAUCUCAAAGCACAAUGCUCAACUUGUACAACCAAUGUUAAAGAACCAGUAACAACUCCUCAAAUAUCUGAGGAUGAUUUUGGUCCACAAGCGUUCAAAAAGAAAACUGAAUUCAAGGCUGAAAAAAUUUUUGAGGAUGAACCUGAUGAACACAGUUUUGGAGGACAUCGACAUCAUUUACGAAAAGAGCAUGAAAUUAAAAUUUCAGAAAUUGAAGGGCUGUAUCCGAACCCAAAAGACAAAUGUAACAGUAUUUUUAUGUCCGUGGGAGGUCAAUUGAAAACUGAUAAACCACUCGAUGUGGAGUUUGAAGCAACAAAACGGGGUAUGUGGACUUGUCAUUAUCAGUUGAAAUGGCCACAAAAAAUGACAAUAAGCGCAGUUGCUAAAUCGAAAAAUGGUGCUGGAAAAUUGGCCGCCUUGAAAUGUCUCCAAUGGCUUCACAACAAUGGAAAAAUGAAGAAUGGACAUCCGAUCGUUUAUGAGAGCAAAGUCGUCCACGAAAUGCUACGAAAAGCUACUGCUCUUGAAAUUGAACCAGAAAUGCUGAAAAACAUGCAAAAAGUACUGGCUCGUUACGACAGUGACAUUAAGCACCUGAUUGAUAACAGUAACUCACAUAAUAUUGCAGAUAUCAAAGAUAUAUCUAUCGCUGAGGAUAUACGAGAUCCAGUGGGUCGGUCAUUCCCAGAAUCUUGGCAACCAGCAAAUAUGUUACAUCGUAAUGAUACACUUAGAAAUCGAUUGCUUGAUCGACCUCAACGUCAGAGCCAUGAAUUACCAAUUUCUGAAUAUCGCAAUCAAAUCAUAGAGGAGAUCCAGAAUAGUCGAGUAUUACUGAUAAAAGGUGACACAGGCUGUGGAAAAACGACUCAGGUUCCUCAAUAUAUUAUGGAGUUUUUCGAGUCUCAAAGUAAAGCGACCGAUUGUAAUAUGAUCGUUGCUCAACCUCGACGAAUUUCGGCUAUUUCAUUGGCCGAAAGAAUCGCUUCGGAGAGAGCAGAACGUGUGGGCGACGUAGUCGGUUAUCAAGUGCGCUUGAAACAAAUAUUGCCGUCGACGCCUGGUGGAAUUCUGUUUUGCACAACGGGAAUUUUGCUUCGUAAAAUGCAACAGAAUCCCAACCUCGAGGGAGUUUCUCACGUUAUAUUGGACGAGGCUCACGAGCGUACAAUAAACACGGAUAUGUUGUUGGUGCUUUUGAAACGGGCUUUGCAGAACAACCCGAAACUCAAAGUCGUCGUAAUGUCGGCAACGAUAAACGCCGAUCUUUUUCAACAAUUUUUUGAUUGCAACGUCGUGGAAGUACCUGGAAGAACUUUUCCCGUUAAAAUGAAUUUUCUCGAGGAUGUUGAAAAUUUAGGAAUUCGUAGUAGUCAUCAGUGGAUAGGAGAACAAGAAUUUCCCGAUAGACCACUCGUCGACGCCCAAAUGAUCGGUCAACUCGUUUGUUGGAUCACCAAAAAGAAACCACCUGGCGCUAUCCUUGUCUUUCUUCCUGGUUGGGGCGAAAUCGUCAAAGUUAAAAAAUAUCUUGAAGAACACAGCACUAGAAAUAGCCAGCGCAUUAUCAUUCCCGUCCACUCACGAAUGUCGUAUCAAGAUCAACAAAAAAUCUUUGGACACCCUCCCGAAGGCUGGAGGAAAAUUGUUUUGGCAACUGACAUUGCUGAAACGGGCAUCACCGUCACAGAUGUUGUCUAUGUCGUCGACUCCGCUACGCAAAAAGCUAUGAAAUAUCACGAAAAGAAAGGCAUUUCUAGCGUCGAAACUCAAUACGCGUCGCAAGCUAAUAUUCAACAAAGGAAAGGGCGUGCAGGUCGUGUCCAACCUGGAGAAAGCUAUCAUUUGAUCACGCGUUCGCAUUUCGACACGUUACCCGUAGAUCCAUUACCGGAAGUCCUUCGUUCGUCCCUCGAAAAAACGGUCCUCGAUUGCAAAACCUACAGUAACGAAAAGGCUGAAACCUUUUUGGGCAGCAUGCCACAACCCCCGACUUUGUCAGCGGUGAGACAAGCAAUUAAAGAUCUCAGAGAAUUAGGGGCGCUAGACGAUAAAGAAAAUUUAACAGCGCUCGGAAAACGAAUUGCCCUCUUUACACUUCAUCCGAAAUUGAGCAAAGCCCUUGUAUAUUCCUCCAUUUUCAAUUGCGUUUCACCUAUGGUGACAAUAGUCUCUGCAAUGUCGGCUGAUAGUGAGAUAUUUGCUGGUACACUUCACGAUAAAGUAGCAAUCAGACGGACGAAACAAAAGUAUCAUCCGGCGAGUGAUCAUCUGAGCUUACGUUGGAUAUAUUCCCAAUGGGAGUCGCACAGUCAGCGUGGUAGAGAAGCAGCUACUCACUUCUGUAAAAGGACCAAUUUAUUCCCUGAUAGAAUGUUUACGUUAUCGAAAGUACGUGACCUUCACGCAGAUGGCCUUGUACAGUGUCGCAUGUUGAAUUCCCUCGAGGUAUACGAUGAUACUGGAGAAACUGUCAAUGAGUUUGCGGAUCUGGAUGAACUCGUUCGCGCAGUUCUUCUUGCUGGUCUCGAUCAGUUCCUUCAUCAUCGAGAUUUUGAUAUCAGGAAACAAAAGAUUAAAAAAGGAACGUCCAGCUUUACUAUGGAGGACGGAAACCGAGCAACUUUGACUCCAGAAAGUGUGAACUUCAAAAGAGAAACAUGGCCAAGCCCAUUUCUUACUUACGUUCGACGACAGCACAGCGAGGAACGAAGAACGACGUUAAUUCGUGAAACUAGCAUCGUUUCGCCCAUCACGGUUUUACUCUUCAAUCAAGCUCACGUUCAGGGACAUCUGCGUUCGGGAGAACGAGAUUCCGAAAAUUCGAUGCUAGAUUUGACAAUUACUGGACGUAAAAAUUUCAGACUCACCUGUUCUCGAGAAGUCGCCGCUACUCUUCUUCAAUUUCGUGAUGCGAUGUGGAGCAUUGUUCGCUAUCUCAUUGAGAGACAAGGUCUUGUGGAAAAUGGACCCGGCACAAAUCUCCACAGCGUCGAGAAUUUCAAAGAAUACAUGCUUCAAGUGCUUGUCCAAAUUCUCAGCGAUGCAGCUGAGCCAAUCGAUAGUCCUGAUAAAUCGACCAGUCAAUCGACUUCAAAGUAUUCCCUACGAGACGAUGAAGAAUCCGAUUAGAAGCGAUUAUUUUUUGCGUUCGUUUUUACUAUUAUUUUCCCUGCGAUCCUAAGGUAAUUCCAAUUAAAUUUUCUCAAAAAAUUCCUAUGAAGUUUCUGACGAUAUUUUGAACGGAAUAUUGAAUGAAUUCCUCCGGAUUAUUUUCCACUUCAAAGUUCAAUUAUUAUUUUUAUUUCUGGCGAAUUUUUAUUAUCUUUUUACGGAUAUUUUACGGAAUCUUGGACACACAUUCCGGUGAAUUUCCGAGCUUCGCUACUGGUAAAAAUUCAAUGGAAAUGGAAAGUCCGGAAAAACAGGAAACACCCGAAUAAUUGUCGGAAUGAAUUUUCCACUGGAUUCCAAAUUCAUCUUUCUCCUCCAAACAUACUUCAUUUCAAUUUGAUAUCAUAUUUGAAAUGACGUGUGUUUCGAGUUCGCUCAAAAUUAUUCGGUAUCAUCUAUGAAUAAUACGAUUUCUGUAUGUGGAUUGAGCCAACCUUGUAGAAAAUCAUUAAAUAUUGUACAGUUUUUCAAAUAAAUUCAUACAAAGUAAAA